AUGGGUGGCCUUAUGCAGGCCAUGCAAGCCGUACAGGCUUUCCAGCAAGGAGCUGGCGGUGGUGCUCAGGGUGGCAUGGGACAGCUCCAGCAGCUCAUGGGGGCCCUGCAAGGUGCUGGCGGUGCCCAGGGUGGCAUGGCACAGCUUCAACAGCUGAUGGGCGCCAUGCAAGGCGGUGGUGGCGCUGGUGGCGGUAUGGCACAACUGCAGCAACUCAUGGGCGCCAUGCAAGGUGGGGCCGGUGGCGGUGCAGGUGGUCUGGGAGGUGUGAUGGCGCAGCUACAAGGCGCUGCCGCCCAAGGCGGCGCUGCCGUAGCCAUGAGCCCUGCUGAUGCCAUGGCCCUCAUGGGUCAACUGCAAGGCCAAGCCGGCGGUGCGCAACCAGCCGGCUCAGACAAUGCCAUGGCCAUGCUUGCCCAGAUGCAACAAAAUGGCGGAGCUGUCUCAGCUCAGGUCGCCCCUGCCAUGCCGCCGUCCCAGAUGGUCGCUGAUUCCGCCAAUGCCGGUCCCUCCCGUGGGCGACUUGCCUCAGUGCUGGUCAAGCCUGACCCCAAGAGCAACACAACUCUCAAGCAGGGCGAAAUUGAAAAGCAGGGCGGCGUCAUGAAAACUUGGCGUCGACGUUGGUUUGUGUUGCGGCCCAAAACGCUGGCCUACUAUGCUGACAAAUCGGGCCGCGUUGCCAAAGGCGUGAUUGGCCUGGCCGGCGUGUACGAAGUCAGUGAAAUAAGUUCUGCCAAGGCCUCGAUCGGCUUACACGUAGCCGUUCCCAACCGCGUGUACGUCUUUCGCUUCACCAGCGUCGAAGAUCGUGCAGCCUGGAAGGCUGCCAUCGAACGAGCCUGCGCAGAGCUGCGCGCCCACAAGGUCGACCGCCCCAUGCCUGCUGCCGUGGCGCCAACUUCUCGGACCAACGACACCGCUCCUACCUCCACUGCCACGCCUACAUCGGCGGCUCCGUCGGCGGCUCCUGCACCCAUGGACAGGGCCUUGCGCGACAACCUGAUCGCGGCUGCCAAAUGGCGCCCCACGAACCUGGACAUGGCGGAUCGUCAUAGCCACCUCCCUGGACGUGUGGUCGGGUUCGACAAGGUCAUGGAUGACCUUUUCGCCGCUGCUAUUGAUGGCAACAUUCGGCAUAUUGUCAUCACUGGACCACCUGGAAGUGGUCGACAGACGUUGUCGUUGAUGCUUCGUGAGGGUGCCAAGAGCUCGGCUCCCCAGCCCUGCACCUUUUGCAAAGGAAAAAACACCCAAGUCAUCUGGUUCAACUUUUCCGAGGACGAAGCCAAGUCUGUGAAGGACAUGUUUGACAAGCACCAAGGCCAGCAGGAAGUGCAGUCUGCCAUCAUCCAAUGCGCUUGCUGUGGCAUUUCGGGUGUUCCCAUGUCUGCUGAAGGAUUGUGUCUUUGCCAGCCGCACGGUGAUGGCGAUGCAACCCUAACCAGCGUGGUGGGCCAAGCCAUGCCCCCCCUUCAAAAUUGGCUGGGCGCAAUUCCACAUUUGACAGCUGCUUGCGGUGCAUCCUCGAUGAUUUGCCACACGGUCAAGUUUACUCGUGAUAUCAUCAAUGUCCUGUGCGACAAGAUUUCCGAAGCCCCGCCGUUCUUUGGCAUGCCUGCCUCUCCACAAACGGUGCUUUAUCACACGCGUGACGUGACGCACAUUGGCCAUGUCAUGCAAGCCUUCUACCACUACUACAAUGUCAUGAGCGGCAACACCAACCAUCAGGCCGUUCACUAUGACAAGGCCGAUCUGGAAUGCACCAAGGAACAUUUGCAGACCAAGUUGACUGAGUUUUUCAUGAAGCAACGGAAGUCACAUGUGCUGCUGGUCAUGGGUGGCCUUGAGCAGUUGGACACUCCACCCAACUAUGAAGUUGAUGACUUCAAGCCAGGGCAUCCGUUGUCCAAUCUCAGAAACAUUUGGGUUCUGGAUGAAGACAGCGUGCCAGGCUUUGUGGCACGCAACCCGGAUACCGUUGUGCUUCGCACACCCCUCGUCAAAGCGGUUGAUCUGUGUUCGGCAGUAAUUGCUGACAUGCCCUCCGCGCAAGGAGUUAAGGUGGAGAGCGUGCGGGCCGCCGUUUCUAAGCUGCCUGAUGGGCCUGUUCUCUACAUUCGAGUUGCCAUUGCUGCUGCUGCGCUGGCAGCAGCCAAAACCAAGGCCUCCCCAGCCGAUACGCUCAAGUCAGUCAAGGAUCUACCGACGGCUCUGCAAGCGUUGCAAGUUGUUCUUGGACAAGCCAAGCAUGCCGCAGAUUUGGUGGACCAAGUCUUCUUGUACAUCCGCCAAACUGGAUUGCGCAUCCUUCCCGAACAGCUCUUGACCAUGCUCAACCUGCAUCAAGAGACGCUGCGGGGUCGCGAAUUUUCUGCAGACGAGCUGAAUGCUCUCUUGGAGGAUCUGAAGGGCUCGGUGGUCAACUGCAAGCUGAACCCCCAUGGCAAGGUCAUGGUCGUGAGCGAAAUUAUAUCCCAAGCGCUACAAAGCCUUGUUGUGCCUGAGCGUCAGGCACAUGAAAACGAGCGCAUCAUCGCUCUGUCUCAUGCCGUCAUUCGCUAUGUUCAUGCCAACAAGAUGAUCGUGACUUUUGCUGCGGACGUUUUCGCUUGGAUUGCUGAUGCCGGCGAGGUGGAUCAAGCUCGCAAGCAGCUGGAAGAUUUUUCUUACCUCACCAUGCUGUGCCGUGAACGCCUCCACUUCCAACUGCUCAAGUCUUUUGAUUGCGUGAUUGAACACAUGAAAAAACGCACUGGUCCUAGUGCAGCCAGUGAUGUCGAGGAACUCGAGAUGCGCCGCCAGUUCGUGGUUGACAAUCCGGUUCUCAUGGAAGAUGAAUCGCAAGCUGAAGUGCUGAGCGAGGAGUUUUCCGCCACACGGCCCCACCCUUUGGCUCUUGCCAGCGUCAAAGGCCAGGUCCCUACAACAUCUCUGCCCUCAAAUGUGGUGCGCAUCUUCACCUCUUCGACCUUUGAUGACUUGAAAGUGGAGCGCGAUAAGCUUAUGGCAGAAGCUUACCCCCGCCUGACUGACUUCUGCUGUAUCACGGCCCUCAGUUGGGGCAUCCGCGACGAGUCCACGGCAGAUCACCAAACGUCCAUCAUCUGCAUGCAAGAGCUGCGCGAGUGCCAGCGUGUGAGUAUGGGUUUGAACUUUGUCACCUUCCUGUCCCAGCGCUACGGCUACCGACCUUUCCCUGCCAUCAUUGAGGCAGAUGACUUUGUGCGUCUGCGCCAAGCCAUCACAGAUCCCAAAGCUGGGUCCUUGGUGGACAAGUGGUUCCGCCUCGAUGAGAAUUGCUCCCCGCCCUCGUACAUCUUGCUGCCCAUCCCCGAACUCAUUCCCAAUUACCUGUCUGAGGACAACGAGCUACGAGGCCCCGCUCGCAGUGAAUGGUGGGACGUGUUUGAAACUCUCACGGCCCAUUUGCGCGCUGCCGCCAAGGCCGUAUUUGUGGGUGAUGAUGCCGACACCACCUUCAAGCGCAACUCUUUCAUUCAGUCCGUCACAGAAGAGGAAAUUCGCCGUGGCAUCCUUCACGUGCCGGAGGAUCAACGCGCCCGUACUUGCUUCUGGUUCAAGCGCAAUAUUCGUGACCUCCCAGCUGCCAUCAAGCGGAAGGACCCCGAGGUACGCAAAUUUACAGACUUGACCUGGGGCAAAUAUGAGCAGGACCCAGAGGCCCGAGACCUACUGGCCCAGCUGCGCGAAAAAGAAUUGCCGGCGGCACUGGGCCCCGACUUGAUCCGCGAGUACGACGUGGACUUUGCGGCCAAGGCCGGCAUCAACCCCACCAAAAAGGAGCACGUGGCCUACCUCAACCAGUUUAUCCGGGACUUUGAGACUGAAUUGGUGGCUUCCUCCAAGGCGGCGUUGGCUCGACAGGAGGGUGAGCUGUUUAGCAACCCCUUCCUUCACGAUGUCCUAACACACAACAUGCAUCUUCGUGACCAGGGACAGCGUAUGACCAGCUUUGAGCGACAGAAACAGCAAGUCAACGCUUAUCUUCGCACGCACUCUGGUUUACCUUUGCUUCUGUUCGGUAAUGGUGGCAGCGGCAAGUCUGUGCUGGCUGGCUACACCGCAACCACCCUUGUGCGUGAAGUUUUUGGCGAGGACGCCAUCGUGCUGGGGCGUGUUUGUGGUCUCACGACGAGUUCCAGCGACCUUCUUGUCACGUAUCGGUCCCUGAUGCGCCAACUGAACACGGCGCAGAAGCAGGCAGUAUCAGUGCCCAAGGAACCCAAGGCUCUGUUGGACGCCUUUGUUUCACAGCUGAUGACCUCGGACCCGAAGACCCCCAUCGUGGUAAUUCUAGACGGUGUUGAUCGCUGGCGGCGUGUGGCAAACGGCGACGUGACGGCCUGGUUGCCCGUGCACCUGCCCAGUCACGUGCGCGUCAUUGUGACUUGCAACACGCAGUCCAUUGCACUCGCUCGCGAUUUGCACAACCGUGUGCAGGGUACUGCCAUGUCACGGAUGGCCGAAGUGUUUUUGGAGCAGCCAACUGUCGACCAAAGCGUGGCCAUGCUGCAAGCGAUGUUGGGCGCGCGUAGCUUGACGCCCAGUCAACUUGACCAAUGUCGCGUGGCUCUAAGCGCUGCUCCUGCGCGCACGCCCUUGCUUGUUGCUCUGCUGGCCAUGAUCGUGCGGCGCUGGCGCUCAUACAGCACGGAGGAGGCCCAGAUUGAGCUUGCCUCUACCGUCGAGGGGCUGUUCAACCAAAUCUUUGAUCGCCUUGAACGUGUUCAUGGUCACUGGCUCGUACGUCAGGCCCUAGGCUACGUCACUCUUUCACGUGAGGGCGUAACCGAAGGUGAGCUGGAAGACAUGCUUUCCCUUGAUGAUGACGUCCUGAACGAUGUCUUCCAAUACUGGACGCCACCCAUCCGCCGCUGCCCGCCGCUGUUGUGGAUUCGCUUGCGCCGUGACCUUGAGGCGUUGCUCAGCACCGUGGCCCAUCGCGGCGCCCAUCUACUCCGCUGGUCGCACCGAGGCCUCGAAUCAUACUUUUUGAAGCGCUACUGUCAGCAGGAUAUGGAGCAAGACCCAUUCGGGCUGCCACCGACCCUCGAAACAUUCAUGCAAGAGAUUCAACGCGAAGCAAAUUUCCGCCUUGAUGACUUUGACGAGGACGUGUUCAAGGUCAAUAAGGUCAAUGAUGCGGUCGCCGACCUCCAUGCCCGAAUGGCUGAAUAUUUUGAAGGCUGCUGGCACGAGACGCCAAAGCCGUACAUCUCCAAGGCUGGCAAAGAAGGCUUGGAAGAUCGACGCGUGGCUUCGAUGCCUGACUUGUUGACAUUGCGCGUGUCAUUCAAGAAUUCAGUGCCCUUGGAUCCCAACUUCCGCAAAAUGGCCGAGCUGCCGUACCAUCUGCUGCGCUCCAAGCAGCUAGACCGCUUGACGAACUACCUCAGCGAGCCCUAUGUGGUCACGUUUUACAACGCUGACGCCACUUCACGCGGCGCCAACCUUUACGCGCUCACCUUUGCUGCCUACUGUAGCUACUUGGACGAUGGUAUUUUGAAUGUCAUCCGCGGGAUGCGAGCCAAGUUGGAUGAGCAACUCAAGGCUGCGGCGACUCUGGAGCGCGAAGAGCAAGACAUUUUGAUGGGCUGUCUGAGCGCCAUGAAUCUCAUGGUGGUCAACAAUGGCCUGCACACAGAGACCUCCUGGGUUGUGGAUAGCCUCAACCAAAUGCGUAUGUGGCCGGGCUUAUUGCUCGAUUGGCGCUCAAAACCUCUUUCUUCUCUCUUUUCUCUCUCUCUCUCUCUCUCUCUCUCUCUCUCUCUCUCUCUCUCUCUCUCUCUCUCUCUCUCUCUCUCUCUCUCUCUCUCUCUCUCUCUCUUGGCGCACUGCCUUGAUUGCGGCAAUGCUCAGGAAGCCGUGCGCUUAGCGGCCGAAGCCGUGCAGGAAUGUGACAAGGCCCGUGUGGGUGUGCACCUGAGUGUGGUCAUGCGCCAGUUCCAGGCCUCGAUUCACAUGAAGAUUGGUGACAUGAGCUCCGUCAUCCAGAUUAUGCAGGCCGUCAUGCCCAUGUGUGAGGGCUUGUCGGGUCGUGAGCGCAUUUCUGCCCUCACGACCAGCAUGAGCACCCUUGCGGAGGCACUUUCCAACCUUGGCCAGAUCCCACAAGCCAUGCCCUACUUGGAGCAAGCUCUACAGUUGGCCCAUCAAGAGUUUGGCGACGAAAAUGAGACGGUGGCCACCAUGAAGAACAACUUGGCUUCCAUCGUCUUGCGCACUGGCAACUUUACCCGGGCAGAAACCCUGUUUGCUGAGUGCAUCAAUACGAGGCAGCGGCUGCUUGGCGCACGUCACGCGCUGGUAGGCAUGGCCAUGAACAACCUGGCUGGGUUGUACCUCAUGGUUACCCACAUGUCCAGCAUGAACCGGGCGGCUGAGGCUCUGCCGCUGCUGGAGCGUUCAUUGGAAAUUGCCCAGCUCAACGAAGGUACUGACGAUAAUGAGGACGACGUAGUAACAAUUUUGGCCAACAUGGCUGAAGCCCUACGACGCUGCGAUCGCUCGGACGAAGCAUACCAACGCAUUGAUGAAAGCAUCAAGGCAGCUUCGAGCAUGACCACGGGCGACAAAGAAGCUCGCGUGGCGUCUGCCAAGCACAACAAAGCGUGCUUUUUGAUUGACGAUCGUCGUCUAGCUGAAGCACACACGCUUCUGCAAGAAGUCAUGGCGUUUCGCGAGCGCCGUUUCGGGCAACAUCAUCCAGAGACUGUGCAGACAUAUGAAGCGUAUGCCAUCUGCUUGCAGCAGCAAGGCCGGUUGGCGGAGGCGCAACCCUAUGUCAUGCGUGUACGUGAAGCUCAACAUCGCGAUCUGAUGGCCAAGUAGUGCAAGUGCUGCCGUGAACCAGUUCUGCCUUCCUUGCCAUGUGCUGCUUUCGAGUGAUUGUAUGGUCAUGCUGGUCAAGCAUCGACACUUGAUGUCAUCAACGCUCUGCAGCCUGUCAUGCGUCUGGGCUCGAGGACGAGCCAAAACUAUUGAUGUUGUGCCGUGUUGUUGAAAUUGGGAUUGCAUGUUUUGUUGCUGCCUCGUCAUGUACCAACGUGGCUCGGCGCUCUGUCGAGCAUAUCCGAAAUGGACCGAAUAAAUUGAGUCAUGGAUCUCC